CAGCUGCUGUGGGGUUGCUUCACAGGCUCACCUCCUGCAACACGAACUGUACCUCAGACCUUUGAACACAAACACACGCCCGAUCACACGACUGCAGACAUGUAGAGAAAAUCCACAUCAUUGUUCAGAACAUCAGACCAAAGAACCGGCCAGUUGAACAGAGAUGAACCCUGCCUCCCUGCUCCCAGUGAUCCACGCAGGAGACGGGAGGACGCUGUCCAGAGCAGAGUUUUUGUCACUUUUGAACACCUACAACUGCUUCCUGAAGGACCAGACUCAGCUGCACCUCACCUACUCUCAGGCGGACGAUGGAGAGUUGACAGUGGAGGGCUUGCUGAACAUCUCGUGGGGAGUACGGAGACCAAUCAGGCUGAAGAUACAGGAUGACAAACAGAUUCUUCCCUUUGAGCCCCCAACUUCAGCUGAUCCCACCAGUCCAAUCAGCCCACUGGGGAGCAAAAGUACUAUGUCUCGAUGGGGAGAAUACAGUGAGCUGAACCAGAUAGAUGAGAUGGCAGAGGCGGAGGCAGCCCAGGAAACAGUCGUCAACGAUCCUUUACCAGGUCCUCCUGUUUAUGAGACCGCCACUCUGCGUCCCACGAGGCAGAGGAGUCUCGAUAUGGAGCCACAGUCCAAUCUGGUUCGUUGCAUGAGCGAUGCGUCGUUGGUGAAGCGCAGGAAGGGCCGGGGGAAGUCUGCGGCCGAAAGAGAGAAAGAAAAACAGCAUCGCUUUUCCAUCAACGGACACUUCUACAACUACAAAACCUCUAUAUUUACUCCAUCUUUUGGUACUUCAACUAGAGUUCGCAUCUCUAGCAGGAUGACCACAGACCAAGUCAUUGAACAGCUGCUGAACAAGUUCAAGAUAGAAAAUGAUCCCCAGGAGUUUGCGCUGUACUGUGUUCACCAGAGUGGAGAAAAACGAAAGCUGAGUCACAGAGACCAUCCACUGUGGGAACGGAUACUUCAGGGUCCCUCUGAUAGCAUCAUGAAGAUCUUCUUGAUGGACAUGCAUGAAGAAGAAGUCAGCAACGAUGUUGCUCAGUACCUGAAUUUGGAGCUCCCCAUCUUGGAUCAGGUGCUGCUCAAACUCACAGAGGAGGAGAACAGAGAAAUUCAAAGGGUCAUCAACAAGUACCAACACCAGCACAGACUCCUGUGUCAUAUGCUGAGCUUUAAGAUGUCCCCUCACAUUGAGACCAGUGUCUGACCGCUUCCCAACUCAGUCGCUGACGGGAAGAAAAGAGCAUCUUUGGGGAAUCCUCAACGUCUGCAAAGCAGAAACUUUUUCAUACGUCCCAAAUUUUGGUCUCUGACUUGGAAUUUGGAAAAUAUCAAUCUAAACAAUCACAUGCAAUACAGAACACAAUCCCAUUCCACGCCCUACAGAAGGACUCAAAUUUACCACUCUUCUCCAUAAAUUCAUGGUUCUUUGUUUUUUUUGUUUUUUUUUACUGUGAACUAUUCAAUUGUAAAUGUUGGUGCCAAUAUGUUUAAAUCAGAGGUUUAUUAAAUAAAAGAGGGAUGGAUAUGA